AACGCGAUCUACUCCAGAAUAGCGCGCGGCGGAGGAGCAGCCACACGGAACCGCGUCGCCUUUCUCUCCGCACCUCCUCGCCCAUGUUUGUUUGUUUACUGCGGGGUUUGUUCGGUCCGGAGUAAAGCCCCGGCGGUAGGGGAGGUCUGCGGCGGGAUGUCGGUGCUGAAGGAGAACCAUUGUUACGGACUGUCCAGCGGGCAAAUCAACCGCGGCAACGUCUCUGUUUUUCAUGUCAAACUCACUGACAGCGCGGCAAGAGCCAUCGGUUCCUUUGAAGACAGCAAGGGUUUGUGUUCCCGUCCCACUAUCUGUUUUAACGGCAACAAAGGGAGAAUCACCGUCCCUUGCUCUGAGAAUAGAGAUGAACUGAGGAUUUUCACCUUUGGCCUGACGAACACCGCCCGUGAUAAUCCGCACGGAAGCUUUGACUGCUUCCAACAGCAUGGCGCUUGCUCUGCCGAGGAGCUGUCAUGUCUCGGAGUGAUUCAGAAGAAGAUGACCGUCAACGCGACGGAUGACUCGUACGAUAAGGCUCGCCAGAGCAUGGCUCAAGCUGAGGAGGAGACACGCAGCCGAGGAGCCAUUGUCAUCAAACAAGGCGGGCGCUUCCAGAGCAAGAAGGUAACGGUUCGAGCCCCGGCCCCUGCCCUGGCCAGCCUGACAAAGCCCCGACACUCCGACAAGUCCCAGUCUCUCCUCGGCAACGUUAAGAGGGGAGUCCAAGUUGGCGUGUCCAAGCCGAAGAAGGGGGCCUGUGCUUCGAACAGGAAGAGCGUGGGUGAGGUGCAGGAGAGGCAGCUCAGGGAAAGAUUAACACAUCUGCUGGCUCUGAGGCCAUACAAGAGGCCUGAGCUCAUCUUGAGGCUGCAGAAAGAUGGACUGACGGCAAAAGACAAAGACAUGCUGGACUCUGAACUGAUGGAGGUUGGCCAGCUCAAUAGUAGAGACAACACAUUUGUUCUUAAGGACGGUCUGUAUAAGGAGCUGCAGAGGGACUGGCCAGGCUACAGCUCAGGAGACCAGCAGCUCCUUAAACGAAUCUUUGUCAGGAGGCUGUUUCAACCACAACAAAACCUCCUCACCGUCCCAGAGGCCCAGGUCAGUCCACUACGAGACACCCCCAACUCCUCCCCAGCACACCGGCCAAAAUCUUCCCUGCCAGAGGAAUACACUGACCCUUUGGCGAGUAAGAAGCCCAGGAUAUCCCACUUGUCUGGCAAAAAGUCCAGAGACAAGCCAAGAGUGAGGCCUGCUGAACAAGCGGCUCAUAAAGUCGUCAAGGAGGAGACCGGGAACGACGGGAAAAAGGACUCGCUUGAUCCUCGGAAGCUUUUUGACUCCUUGUCGGCAGUCUGUCAGCGGGAAGCAGAAGUGGCCAAGAGGCUAGAACCAGCUCCCUGUGCGGAGGAGGAACCCGAAGUUACAGCGUCAGACCCCCCUCCACCCAACCCUGAUCGCCCUCCGUCCCCUCUGAUAGUGCCUGAUCUGAACAGACACACAAUCAAAAGGAAGAAGAGCAAACACAAACACAGAGAUCAGGAGAAGGAUCGGUUAAGAAACAGGAAAGAACGGAGAAAAGAUCACAGUUCAGAGGAUCCCAACAAUAAAGACUCCUUGUACUGCAUAGAGCCAAAUGAAAUGCUGUUUGACUCUAGCGUGCUCAAAGCGGACAGUGACAAAGCAGACUAUCUAUUGAAGUACACAGUGAUUUCCAAUCACGACCAGAGACAGAGCUACAAGCAGGACUUUAACACGGAGUACAGCGAGUACAGAGAUCUACACGCUCGUAUUGACGGAGUGACACGACAGUUCAUGGAGCUGGACACGCAGCUCAAACGGCUACACCACGAGUCACAUAAAUACAAGACGGUUCGUAAUCAAAUUCUUCAAGAGUAUCGCAAAAUCAAAAAGUCCAACCCCAACUACAACCAGGACAAGACUCGCUGUGAAUACCUGCACAACAAACUGGCCCACAUCAAGAAGCUCAUAUCAGAGUACGACCAACAACAGCUCUGACUGCGAGAACAGUGAACCUGAGAGAGCACAACAAUCACCCUGAGACGGGGCAGACUCCAGCUGCUGAGCUGAAUGCCAUCAAGCUUGAAAUCUCGGGUCUGGGUGGCCUUCAAACGGCGUCUAACAAAACGUGUUGGAAAUGUCACUGAGGUUGGGAGACAUUUGUGGAGAGCAGCUGCGACGCACUGGGAAAAGCAGACCUAUAAUAUGAGAUAUUUUAUACUAAGAUGGGAAAUGUUAGAAAAAUAAUGGUUGGACCACUGGGCUGCUGCUACUACUGUGACAAGAUACUGCCAAGGACACAAGGAGAUUCAAUUUUUAUACAUUUGUAGAUUCCCAUCCCCAAUCAUAAUUUUGUUUAAGGAUUAAAUCAAUUUGGGUAGUUGCUUAUGUGUUCUGUUAGCCAUGUCAGCAUUAAUGUUAAAGCCGGAAGCAUGAGACAACUGCACGCUGUACGUACCCAGACGGCUCAUAUGAAUAACAGCUGGAAUGCAGAUGUGGUUACACUGAGAAGACUUCUUUUCUCUAGGUUUUUGAAUUGAGACUUUAGCGGUCUAGUGUUCUACUGAGUUUAGAUCUGCUCAGUAAUGACCCCUGAAAGUAUUGCCAGUGCCUGAAGUAGUUUCUAAUUCUGGACUGGAUUCCCAGUAUUCUACGGUGUUAUCCCUCUUGUGGCUUUCUUGGAUCACAGAAGACUGUUCUGUUAAACACAAUGUGAGCUGGAAGUUGUAUUCAGAAACUUUACAGUAUGAGCUGGAGGAACAAUGUAACUGAAAACUGGAUUUAAUUAUUACUUAGUCAUUUAUACUGUAGGCUGAGACGGAGAACAAUUAAUAAAUAAACAAAAUGUGUUGCAUGCUGUGUACUUUACAGAAUGCAUGAGGAGAAAUCUGAAG